AAAAUGUGUCUUCAUCCAUAGAAUGGCAUGAGAGAGGUUUAUCUUCAAUGUUAAGCGUUUUUUCAUUUUGCUGUCACACCACAAGACAUUCAUAUGUCAUCUACCCAUAUACAGCAGUCAAUGUGCACAAGAGUAAAAGAGAUUUUCUUAUAGGCAUGUAUUUCCAGCCGUUCUCUUCCUUUCUACGACAUGAAAUUACAGCCGCAUGUUAUCAGUUGAAAUGUUAACUACUGAAAUUUAGUGGAAGCUUGCUUAACACGUUAGCAGUUUCUAAAUGUGUUAAUGUUUUUAAAAAUAAUGAAUUCUCGCUCCUCCUAAAACGCAUAAAUCAGCACAUUUCACUCUGCACCAGUCAUGAGCAGACUAAUAAUAGAGAAGCACCUAAAUUCAUUCAAAAAUAAUAAAAAUCUUUAGAAAAUUACAGGUUUUGGGGGACGUAACUCGCAACUGUAAAAGCACAAUCACUUAUUUGCGUAACCUAAAGCACAAGCAUUAUUUGCGUUUUGCGAUUUGAGUUUUAGGUCCAGCUGUUAUAACUCUCUCAUUUCUUUAAUUUUUAAACUCAUUUGUCUGUGAUCUCUCUGCACGCACUUACAAACGUUGUCUUAAAGAUAAGAUAAAUGGUUUGAUAGAAUGAUAGACAGAGAGAGGAAAAAAAAAGUCCAAACCGCUCUGCUGCUUUCCCCCUCCUCUGUUCAGUCUUUCACACAUAUGACAGAAAACUAGAAAACAGCCUCCACACUCCUCUUUCCAUCAAUUAUAUCCUAAGUUGUUGUUUUUUUGUCCCUCCUUAACCCACUCGCCCCAUUCUCACCUUUCAUCCGAUCACGUAUAGAUUUGGGGUAUGCAGUACUGAUUUAAUGAACAUUUCAACGGACAAAGCUGGUCCUUUAGGCCCUAAAUUCUCACACUCUCUGUUCUUGAAUACGACAACUGGUAUAAAGCAGAUUUUUAAAAGCAAAAGCUAAAAAAAGUAGGGCAGCGAGAGUGAAAAAUCGACGUUUCUCUGGUCCAGGAAUCCGUCUUAUCUUGGCGUAUUGUCUUACACCCUUUAUUCUUUCACCCACAUUAUGCUAAUGGUGAGGUUUGUGUAGGUGAUUUCUGCAGGUACAUUCAUACUGUACUCACCACUGAAUUAACAUCACCCUCAUCAGCCAAACUGCCAAACCUACAACCUAUGAGGGGGCCAUCCAGAUUCACAGUCUCUCAAAGUUUAAUGCCUCUGACCAAGAUAUGACGCGUAGUGACAGAGUGGGUGGACCUGUAGUAGACCUGUCAUUCAAAAUAAAUACGUAUGAUUACGCCGAACUGCUGGUGUUUAAGAAUUAACAGUUAAAAUGAUGCAAAUAAGUUUGCAUGAGAGAGAGAGAAAAGAGCGAGAGCAGAAAGAAAAGAGAGGGGAAACACUACAUGUGGGUGGAAAAAGUGGUGCAGAGACAAUGUAUGUGGUAUGGAAACGAUUUUAUAUUGUGGGUAUAAGAGGGAUACACUUGCAGUAAGAGAGCGCGAGUGAGCGGAGGCGGGGUGUACGGAGGUUUCCCUUGUCCACUUCCUGUUCUGUCGUUGUUUCAUGGUCAACUUCCUGUCACAUGAUUUUGAGCAACCACAGAUUCUCACUGGUGUAAACAGUUUGCUUUUCGCCCCCACACAAACACAUGCGCCGAAAAACACAUAUAUGCAUGCACGAAAAUCUGAAAGCAAUCAAGCCAAUUAUUUAACACGCCACAUACAUAAUAACACAGCUGUUCACACACACACACAAAAAAUACACAAGCUUGUUCUUCUGACCGACACACACACACACACACUUGACAGGAAGCUUUGCCUCUCACUCGUGUCGUAUAUACUUACACGCACACCCACGCCUUACCUGCCAGUUUGACAACACUUACGUUCUUUAUACUCAAGUCACUAACCACAACAGAUGCGAAUCUCGAGAUAACACGCAUGCCGCAAGCACAAUAAGCCCUAAAGGUCUCAUAGCUUGCCAACAUCAUUGAAGACAACACGCUUUCAUCCUGCAGCUUUUGUUAAUUGUAAAAAAAAAAAGUAUUCUAAAGUAAGGUUAGGUCGGAGCGGACCCUUUUUGAUCUACCGUCAGUCUGUUUACCAUGACUGAGACCCCCACUGAACUGAGAGAAGAUGGGUGAUCUAUGGAAGACUUUUUCAGAUGCGAUGAGCGUCCUAUAACUCAAAGUUGCAGCAAGCCACAUGGCUGACCAUACAUCUCCCGAGCCGCUCUCCUUCGCUCCCAUGUUCCGACACCAGACAGAAGGUCAAAGGCCAAGCCACGACCUUUACCAGCAAGGUUCUUUAAGUGGGCUCGGCCCGUUUGAGGUCCCGUGUGAAGCCACCGAUGGCCCCGGGAGCGCUCUGAGUGGAAUAGAUCAAACGGGGAACGCUUCUUACUGGGGGAAUACGUCCCCUGUGUCCUCGAUGGGACUGAACAGGAACAAGGCGCAAGCUGGAGUUUAUGAGGCCGACUGGAGCUCUCACUGCCACCAACAAGAAGCAUCAGAGAGUUAUGAAACAACUGAGCGACAGCAACAAAAACUGGAUUCAUUCUCAGAGGCAUUUUGCAGUCGUAACGCCACCCGAAUGCCGGGUGGAGGAGAGCAGAGCAGCUUUAGCAGCUCUACUCCUCCGUCAUAUGCCCUCUCUUUCCCUCUGGUUCUUAGCCCACCGCCGACGCCCCUGCCUGCGCCAUCUUUUUCACCUCCUAAACGACCUCAACACUUCAUACCCGGCCAGAUCUUGAGCCAGUCACAGAUACAAACUCAGACAGAUGGGUCGCUGCAGUUUUUUCCCACUUUGCCGUCACCCUCCACCAGCAGGUUCAAUCUUCCAGUUUGGCUCCAGCUACAACCUGAAGACAGCGACGGCCUGGACUUAACGCAGCACCUUCCACAUGAUUCAAACUCCUCUUUGGUUUAUUCAGAGCAUGGAGCGUCUCAUCCGAAACAUAUCAACUCCAUGCAGAAAGACUGUUCACUGCAGAUGUCCCUCAACCCUAUACUGACUCAACAUCACCAUCAUCAGGCCUCCGUGACACAAGAAUUGGGUCACGUUCCCGUGACAUCUGAAGAUCACAUGACAUGGCCUCAGAUGGGGCAAGCCUCUCACUCAUUUGGACCUUCUCUACACCAGUCUAGUCUCCACGUGCAGGGGUCAGGGCCAGGAGAAGGAACACGAUUCAGUUGUGGACUAAACUUCGGUCCAGAGUCCUCAAACAAAUCUCUGGGGUCUUCCAGCACACAGAAUGUUCCCAGUUCUGUAUAUACUGGAGUCCCUUUCAACAGUGUGAUCCAGAUGAGUAGAGAGCUCAUGGAGAGCUGGGAAGAAAACAAACCUCACUAUACGCCUCCUCCGAUGCUGAACCCGACACGUAGUGGAACAGGACUCUUCGGCAACCUACUGUCUUCCCUAGCUGUGGAAAACAGAGCACUUUGGACACACGAAAGGAAAGACGAUGACUCACAAAGGUGCAUAAAUAUAGGCCCAGAGUUCCAAGCCGAGCUGCCAGAUCUGAUAACAGGAAGAGAGCGCGAGGUGCAUCCAGAGGAACCAGUAAGGGAAGAGUUGUUAUGGAAACCUUGGGAAGAGCUAGAGAAAAAUGACUCCCUCUUACAGCACGUGGAGAAUCUUCUUGACCUGAGCGCCUCCAGUGUUCUGCCAGGAGGUGGCGCCAAUCUGGAGCUUGCUCUUCACAGCCUGUCUCAUUGCCAGGGAAACAUUCUAACAGCGUUGGAGAUGCUGUUGUUUAAAAACUCCCCUCCAUCAGAAAACUAUCACUAUUCUGGAAAGGACAUAUGGACUUUGAGUGAACAGAGACUGUUCCAUAAAGCAUUUACAAUUUAUGGAAAAGAUUUUUCCUUUAUACACAAAAUGGUGAGAACAAAGCAGGUGUCACAAUGUAUUGAAUUCUAUUACAACUCCAAGAGGCUUUCAGAGAAACAGAACAAGCAGAGGGAGAGAGAAAAAGAAAGUCUGGAGGAAGAGAGAAUUGCAGCAAUCAUCAGUCAGGUUCCUACAGCCCCAAAGUUGUUGGUUAACCAAGCCAGUAUUGACAGACUGAUUCAUACCCCACCACUUCCCACAAGCUUUCCCUGUAAACAGUGUGGAAAGAUGUUCUAUAAAAUCAAAAGUAGAAAUGCUCACAUGAAGAUCCAUCGGCAGCAACAAGAGGAUUGGAGGGAGAAACUACAGAUACACCCAAACCAGCACCAUAACCUCAACCUGACCAGAGCACUGGCUCAUCCAAACCAGCAAAUCCUAACCCAGACCCACCAUCAGAAUCACAUCCUGACCCAAAGCCUGAUUCAGAACUUGGUCCAAUCACAGACCCAGCUGACUUUUCUUCAGAGCACAAAGACUCCGAGUACAUGCCCAACCAGCAGUACAAGUUGCAUGGCUCCCACCCAGAAUCCACAGAUUGUGGCCAAACCUCCCUUAACACUCCACACAGGACAUCAGCAGACAUGGGGCUCCAUGCACAGCGUAGACACGGGAGGCCUGCUCUAUAACAGGGGCUCCAUGGUGAAUGGGCUCCAUUUGAGCAUACAGGACAGUGCGAGUAAACCAUGGGCUGAUGCUCAAUAACUGACUUGUACAGUUCAUUCAAAAUCAUUUCCAUAAGAUUAUUAAAAAUGCAAGAUUUCUGAAGUGUUUUUUUUUUUUUUUUUUUUUAUAUAAAAAGACAAAAAG